AUGGAAGACCCAAUUCAACCGCAGGCUGUACCUACCCCUCUGACUGGCAAAAGAGUAGAUGAGUUCAACGGGACUGAAGGCGUAUACCUAUUGCCUCAUCACAAGGAAGAGAUCGAACGGCUCCAACGCCAACACGAGUUUAUCAAAGCAGCCACAAAUGACAAACUCACCUCCGUCAGCCUCCGCGAUGGGGCUAGGGUUUUAGAUUCGGGCUGUGCAGAUGGGAACUGGUUAGCGGACCUUGCGAAAGUUCAUCAGAAAAAUUUGAGCCUAUAUGGGAUGGAUAUUGGCAGCACGCUAUUCCGUUCAGACCAGCGGCUUGAUCUUCGGAAGCAUGAUGUGCGCACUUCGGUCCCCGAAAGCUGGGGUUGGAAGAAUAGUUUUGAUCUCGUGCAUCAACGGUUGCUUGUGUGGGGGGUUGCUAAGGACGAGUGGUCGGCUGUCGUGACCAAUCUUGCGGACCUGGUUAAGCCUGGUGGCACAUUGCAGCUCGUCGAGGCUGAGUGGGUGCUACCAUCCUAUGCUGAUAACAUGCCACAGCAGAAGAAACUUGCCCAAGUUCAAGAGUGGUCCUGCGUUUCCUCUGGUAUGGAUAUUCAUAUCUGGAAACGAUUCCCAGAUAUGCUCAAAUCAUUGGGAUUUACAGACGUUAGUGUGGAGAGUUUUGAUCUUGGAUAUGGGUCAACAUCGAAGCGAAUUGAAGACAGGGUAUGGACCGCAGAGCUCCUGCCUCAGUCUUUCCGUCAUUUAGCAAGAAAGAUGCCUGACAAAGCCAUCGCGGAAGUAGCCAAGACUCCAGAGGAAUACCUUGCAUUUCUGGAUGAUUUAGUAAAAGAAAUGAAGGAAAUCGGUUAUACGCCUAAGAUUAAGUGGGUGACUGGUCGAAAGCUUUGA